AUGGGAACUGAAAGAUCCAUGCUUGUCCUCUCCCUCUUGUUCUUGAUUUUGACUGUUAUCCCUGUUAGACGAGCUCAGAGAACAACAACAACAACAACAGAGUUCACUUUCCGUGGUUUUAGCGGAAACCAAUCGCAAAUUCUGACGACUGGAGCUGCGACGAUCAAACCCGACGGAUUGUUGAGGCUCACUGACCGAAACGCAAACGUUACCGGUACAGCGUUCUACAAUAAACCGGUACGAUUGCUCGCAAAUUCCACAAUGGUUGCUUCUUUUAGCACAUCGUUCGUCUUCGUCAUCAUCCCUACAAGCUCCAGCAACGGAGGUUUUGGAUUCACCUUCACCAUAUCUCCGACCCCUGACCGCCCCGGAGCCGAAUCGGCGCAGUACUUGGGACUUCUGAACGAAAGAAACGACGGGAAUCUUACGAACCACGUUUUCGCUGUUGAAUUCGACACUGUACAAGGAUUCAAAGACGUUUCCGAUAGAUCGGGGAAUCACAUCGGUCUGAAUUUCAACAACCUGGCAUCGGAUGUUCAGGAACCGGUGGUGUAUUACGACAAUAACGAGUCUGACCGAAAAGAGGAUUUCCUGCUUCAGAGUGGUGACCCGAUACAAGCACUUUUGGAAUACGACGGACCAACAAAAACGCUCAACUUCACGGUUUAUCCGGCGAGUUUGAAGUCUAAACCAGUAAAGCCAUUGAUCUCGCGACCAGUUCCAAAGUUGUUAGAGAUCGUGCAAGAAGAAAUGUACGUGGGUUUCACUGCAGCCACGGGGAGAGAUCAGUCGAGUGCUCAUUACGUGAUGGGUUGGAGUUUCUCCUCAAGCAGCGGCGUAGAUCCUCCCCUUUCAGCACAACCCAUAAACCUCUCGGAGCUUCCUCCUCCUCCUCCUAACACUGCCAAGAAGAGAGGUCAUGAUCCUCAGGUCCUCGCUCUCAUCGUGGCCCUCUCGGGAGUAACCCUCAUCUUGCUUGCUUUACUAUUCUUCUUCCUCAUCUACAAGAAGCGUUUGCAACAAGGAGAUAUUCUCGAAGACUGGGAGAUCAAUCAUCCUCACAGGCUUAGAUUCAAAGAUCUCUACUCUGCUACUGAUGGAUUCAAUGAGAACAGGAUCAUCGGCACUGGUGGAUUCGGAACCGUCUUCAGAGGAAGCCUCUCCUCUUCUUCUUCUCCCGAUCAGAUCGCCACUUGGAUCUUGUUACGACAGUAUAGAGGCAAAGGUUUCCCUCGCCGUUGGAUUGCUCUGUUGCCAUCAAAGACCGGAGUCUCGGCCGUCCAUGAGAAUGGUGCUUAG